AUGGCAAAGACCAGCACCGCACUCAUCGUCGCCCUCUGUGUCGCUGGCGGGUUAGCAAGCGCACUUGUGAAGAACCAGGCACAUUUCAAGACACACGUGGAUGCACUGGUCCCGGAUGAAGCUCCGCAGGAGAUCUUCCCCGAGCCGCCUUUGGAGCCCGAGGUAACUGUAUUUAUGUGCACAUUUGAGCACCACGCCUGUGGCAUGCGUAACCAGAGGGACACUCGAAGUCGCUUCAAACGCAAGUCCGAAAUGCUCGCAGGCAAACCAGGUUUCCACAUGGUUGUCGACGCUCAAAAGGCCGGGUACAACGUGGCACGCCUCAUCACACCUUACAUGCCGGUCUACGCCAAUACCACUGCCUGCGUGGCCAUUGCCUACGUCGUGAACGGACCCGGCGCUGAAAGGCUCGAGAUCCUGGCCCAAGACAGCGAUAACCGUCAUGUCCUCACGCUGCCGAACGGCGCCUCGAAUUGGAGGCACGUAGAGCAGUCCAUAAACGUGACCCAAGACGUCCGGUUCUUCAUCUCAGCCUACACGAAACGUAACGCCGAAGGGGUGAUUGCCAUCGACAACUUCAGGUUCCACUUAUCCCCAUGCUUUAAAGAUUAAAAAUAAAAGUAAAG